AUGACUGCAGAGUGGCUUCACCUGCCCCCUCCAUACCCCCCAGGUGUGGGGCCGCUGUGUGGUGCAGAGUUGGAGGCGUGGUAUGAGGACCUGCAGGAUAUCCUGGGUUCAGACGGGGGCGGGGCCAAGCUGGCGCGUGCCCCUCCCUGCUCUGAGGUCAGUUGAGAUUUUAAAAAUUAGUUUUGAUCAAUAUCGAUUGAUCUAUGAACCAUGAUUGAUCGAUGACUGAUUGAUUGAUGAUCGUCAAUGUGUUUUGGCUUUUAAUUCGUUUUUGGUUAUCUACAUUUUGUUUUUUGCUUCAUCUUCUCUUCUUCAUGAUGCAACUCUUUCCACAGUGCUGAUGGAAGAAGCUCUUUCGACACAACCACUCUCUACCGGGCCAUGUUCCAUUUACUCACCUUUCUCUUCUCUGUCUUCUCUUCUAUUCUUUCUCUCUUCUCCUUCUCUCCUUCUCUUUUCUCCAGAAGGAGCCGGAGUUCCUGGAUGUUCUGGAGAGCUGUUCCCUGACAUGGCUGACAGACGGGGUGGGGGUGGGCGUCGGGGGGGAGGCGUGGGGUGGAGUUGAGGGGGUCCAGAGGGUCACGAUCCCGGAGGAGCCUCCUACCCAUCCGCCCCACCACACCUCCUCCUGUCUGAGUCCAGCUGAGGCGCAGGGGGACAGAGAGAGAGGUAGCGAUGGAGAAAGAGGGGGCUCAGGAGGAGGGGACCUGCUACCCCCAGAGUUCUUUGAGUUGCUGAGCGAGGGAGGGGUGGGCGUUGUGGAGACCGCAGGGAUCAUGGUGAGCGGUAGCUACCACCAUCAUCAGCUUCAUCAUCACUCCAACAACGUCCAACAACCUGAGUCUCCCUCCGCUAGCGAGGAGGAACACCCCUGUGUCCCCGACUCUCCCUCCUGCUCCUCCUCCGCCUCUCCUCCUUCCUCUCCUACUAGCACCGCUUUCUCCUCGUCUCAGCAGGACAAACGCAAGAGGGGCAACUCUCUGUCCUUCCCUUCCUCCGGCUCACGCUCAUCCUCCUCUUCCUCUUCUGCGAAGAAGAGCAGGAGAGAGAAGGAGCAGGAGAAAGAGAGGAAGGUGCAGGAGCUGACGGACCAGAACGAGAGGUUGAAAGCGGAGAUAGACAGACUGGGAGAGGAGGUGCAGAGGACACGCCGAGCCCUGAUAGAGAGACUAGUCAACACCAGGAAGUCCUGA